UGGCGGCUUCAACCAAGAAAAUAUCUUGAAAUUCAGGACUCGCAGGGGUGACGACCGCUGCUGCAGGUGGGUGUCUACUGAUACGUCGUUGUCAUCUUCACGCUCUGCACCAUAAUCAGAAUAACAUACUGGCAGAAAUCAUGGAUCACCUCUUAUCUCAAUGUAGGGCAUCUGCCCCUUGACAACUCUUAACUGGAUCAUAGAAAAUGUUCUUGUCUAUGAGUGUCAUCAGACACAUCUUAUUUGUGUGUAUGUUACAAACAGCUCCUACAUUAGCCAUGAAAGCUCUCCCACGUAGUAGAGAAGAAAGUCCACUUAAACUAGGGCGUUGCCGACUUGUACCUGGAGGUUUUUGACAAUUCCUCCUGAAUCCACCUUAGAGCAUUCCACAAAGGUGAAUGAAUCACCGUAAAAUUCUUGUCUCCAGACUCAGCUGAUCUGCCAUCACUCUAGGCAUACUGACUAAAGAACAUGUAUUACAUAGUAUGGCUGGCUAUAUAAGAUGAUUCUUAAAACUGUAAAUACCACUUUCCUAAACAAGUUAUAAUCCAUGUAUACAUGAAGCAAUUUGUAACACCAGUUUCUCACAAAAAAACCAGAGGACGAAGUUAGGGACACCACAAGACAAGCCAAUGUGUCCCGCUAAUGGUCCCAAGAAUCUCAAACGUGUUUUUUUCUAUUUAAAUCCACCAACCCAAUCAUAUCCACCACUUCUACUUACAGUCAUGCAUGUUGAGAAAAGAUCAAUAUAUAGGAAGAGAAAGACAUGAGAAGUUGAGUAUGAUAAAGAGGCCGUAGUAAUACUAGUUAUCCGAGUAACUUACAAAGGGUAAACCAAAGUUACCCUAGUAUUACUAGUAUACUAGUUAUACUAGUUACCCGGGUAACUUUGGAAGAAGAAGAAAAACUCUAUUCUCUUAGCUAAGGCAUCAGUCUGUUGCAAGGGAAGAGGAGGCACGUGUGACAGGCUGGAGAAGAGCUGGAUAAAGCAAAAAGAGCUUUAUGCACAAGGAAGAAGCUCAUUGGAUGGUUUGAAUUAAAGCAAACCUUAUCUCUUGUAAUAGUGCCACUUUAUGAAACCCUCAUCUUAAUGUUGCCUUCUCAUAUAUAUUGUAAACUCUAAUCAGAUUAAUAAUAAAGAAGUAUGAGAUUAUCUCUCUAGACUCUCUCUCUUGUUCAUGAUGAUUCUUAAAUAUUCUUAAACAUGAUUACUACCUAAUCUCUCUACAAAUCUCCUAUUAACCUUCUCUAAUAUACCUUUAAUCUCUCAAUACCUACUCUAUUCUCUAAAAUCAUAUGGUAUCAGAGCCAGGUUAGCUUAAUUGGUAUUGAGAAACCUCGUUCCAUUUCUUCCUUUCUCUAGCUCUUGUGUCCUUGUGUUCUUGCUCUUGUGUUCUUGAGGGUUCCGUGAAGCUGUGUGAUAAAGUUGAGUCAUGUGGUGUUGUGCUUUGAGUUCGUGUGUUCUUGACGUCUCGUACUGUGUGUUCUUCAGCUGAGUUGCAAGUUUGAAGCUUUUUGGUCACUUCUGGUUCAAGCAAGAGAAGAUGGAAUGAAACAACUUCAGCAAGCUAGUUACUGUCCCGGUUGCGUUGAAGGGUGGUUCAAACUACCUAUUGUGGUCUAGAUUGGUGAAGACUUCCAUUGGAAGGCUAGGGCUGUGGAGCCACAUCACUGAUGAUGGUCCGAAGCCAUUGGCCAAAGAAACUGAAGAAGGUGAAGAGGAAAAGACUCUCACCAAAGCUGAAGCCAAGAAGUGGGUACAAAAAUACUUGAUGGUGCUCUCCGUGCUGCAAGGAUCUCUUGAUGUUCCUCUCCUUGAAGCUUACAGCUACUGUGAGACUCCCAAACAUUUGUGGAAGACCCUCUCAAAGACAUUUGGAAACGUCUCCAACAUCAGCCGUGUGUUUGAGCUGAAGAGAGUCAUUAACUCCAUGAAGCAAGAUGGAGGAGAGCUCACCAGACACAUGGGAAAGUUUGAAUCAUUAUGGUCUGAACUUGAAAGUCUAAAACCUAACACCACUGAUCAAGCAGCUCUUAUGGAAAGAAGAGAACAAGAUCAAGUGUUUGGGUUGUUGAUGACAUUGGAUCCUUGCUACAAGGAUGUCAUCAAACACAUCUUGAGAUCGCCUAACCUACCAUCCAUGGAGGAAGUAUGCGUGCAACUUCAGAAGGAGGAGGGAUCUCUUGGCCUGUUUGGAGGCAAGAUUGAGCUUACUAUGGCUCAUCAAACUGAAGGAAUGCAUGCAAACAAGACUGUAUACAGAGGUUCAGGGAGGAAGUAUGAAAAGUAUGAGGGAAGCUGUGAGCAUUGCAAGAGGACCGGUCACAAGAAGAGUGAGUGUUGGAUCCUACAUCCUCACCUCAGGCCACGUGGGGUCAACAGGGAUAGGGAAGCAAAGGCUCAUCUUUCUGCUGAAGCAAAUGGUGCUGGUUCAUCCGGAGCUAGCUCAGGCGCUAAGGUGGGUGAAAGUGAAGGUAGAGCCUUGGCGUCUCAUCAACUGAUUGAAAAGGGUAUGGAUCAGGAGGUGUUCAAGAGAGCUGACCUUGAAGCCUUCUUCAAAGCUCUUAAGGUGUCUGGUAACACCCUCAGAAACACCUUUGGAUACUCAUAUGCUGCUCAUACAUUGCCUAGUAAUACUGAUAAAUUACUAGACAUUUUUAAAAGCUCUUACACUGCUGCUAGUAAUCUUAGUAAUACUGAUAAGUUACUAGACAUUUUUAAAAGCGCCUACACUACUGCUAGUGAGCCUAGUAUAACUAGUAAUAUGUUAGGAUUACUAGGAAACCUGAUAAAACAAAAUGAACCAUCAAAGACUUAGAUUACUAGAAACAUGCAUAAACCUUUGAUCAUUGAUUCUGGUGCAUCUCAUCAUAUGAUAAGUGAUAAUAACCUGAUUAAAGACAUAGAACCGGCUCAUGGACAUGUUAUGAUUGCUAAUGGAGAUAGAAUUCCUAUUAGAGGAAUUGGUAAACUAAAAUUGUUUGAUAAGGAUUCAAAAGCAUUUUUCAUGCCUGAGUUUACUUCUAAUCUUUUUUCUCUCAAAAGAUGCACCACUGAUCUUCAAUGCAAUGUUAUCUUUAGUCCUGAUGAUGUUAAGUUUCAGGAUAUUAAAAGCAGCAAGUUGAUUGGGCAAGGAGCAACCAAAGGAGACCUUUAUAUGCUUGAAGAUCUUACUCCCAUCUCUAGUUCUUGUUUCUCUUUUAGUUCUAUUUCUACCUUAAGUAAAGAUGCAUUGUGGCAUGCUAGUCUUGGACAUCCACAUGUUAGGGCUUUAAGCAUUAUGUUACCAGGUGUCAUGUUUAAAAAUAAUGAUUGUAAGGCAUGUAUUUUGGGCAAACAUUGUAGGACAGUGUUUCAAAGAUCAUCCACUAUGUAUGAGAAUUGCUUUGAUUUGAUUCACUCUGAUGUUUGGACUGCGUCUUGUUUAUCUAGGGAUGAUUAUAAGUAUUAUGUCACAUUCAUUGAUGAAAAAUCCAAAUACACCUGGUUAACACUCAUCAAAACAAAAGAUAUGGUUCUUGAUGCAUUUAAAAAUUUCCAAAGCUAUGUUACUAACCAUUACCAUGCCAAGAUUAAGAUUUUCAGGUCAGAUAAUGGUGGGGAGUACAUAGGCCACGCAUUCAAAGAUCACCUAGCUCAACGAGAUUCUACAUCAGACUAGCUUCCCUUACACUCCACAACAAAAUGGAGUUGCUGAAAGGAAGAACAUACACCUCAUGGAAGUGGUCCGUUCAAUGAUGUUCCACAAGAAUGUCCCUAAGAGAUUUUGGAGUGAUGCUGUGAUGACUGCUUGCUAUCUAAUCAACAGGAUACCAACCAGAAUCCUAGAGGAUCAGUCUCCAUUUGAGGUACUCAACAAGAGUCGACCAGUUCUAGAUCACUUGAGGACAUUUGGGUGUGUGAGCUAUGUACUUGUGCCAGGAGAGAUGAGAAACAAACUUGAAGCAAAGAGCACCAAGGCUAUGCUUAUUGGCUAUUCCGCAUCUUAAAAGGGAUACAAGUGUUUUGAUCCCACUACUAGAAGAGUCUUGGUAUCUAGGGAUGUGAAGUUC